AUGCCUAAGAACGAGAAGGCUCCGAUCACGCACCGCAGCUCCAUCUCCGUAGCAUCCGCAGCAGGUGGCGGCACACGAAGCUCAUCAUGGUCGGCCUCAGACGAUGAGACCCUGAUCCAGGCAAGAACGCAGGGCCUCAACUGGAACCAGAUCGCUCCAAAGCACUUUCCCACCAAGUCGCCGAAUGCCUGCCGGAAACGGCACGAGCGGUUGAUGGAGAGGGUGAAUGCCGAGCAGUGGGACGGUGUCAAGCUGGACGUUCUGGCGCAAGCAUACAUGGAGGUUCGACGAGAGAUGUGGAGUCUACUCGCUGCUCAAGUUGGUGAGAAGUGGCAGCUAGUCGAGACCAAGUGCAUGGAAAAGGGCUUCAAGAACCUGUCACAGGCUGCUAGGUCAGCAAUGAAGAAGCAGGGCUAUCACUCCGGUACUUACGCCGACCACGAGGACAGCGCAAUAGGCGUUUCUGACUUCGAUGAAGAAUCAGACGACCAUCACGCAGAGAUGGCAAUGCCAGUUGCCACGACAUCUCACUACCAAACCGCACAACUCCAGUACCCGGGUGCUUAUCCGUCUCAGCAGCAACGCGUACCAAGCAUACAGUCCAUGCUGCACCAGCACCCAAUGCAGUACGCUCCUCACCAGCUAGUGCAGCACCCCCACCCCCACACGCAUGUACAACAGCAGUGA